CACGGCUUAGAAGGACAUUUGGUUUAACAGCGCUCUCUGAGUUUCAUUCACGCAUCUGCAGUUCUGAAGUUCACCACAGCUGUGUCCGUCCCACAUGCAAAGUGAACAAACAGCCAUAUUUGACCACGUACGACUUUGUUUUUUUAUCGUAUCUAACGGUUGGGUCGUCGCACUUUUACAUAAGCGUUUCAUAAACAGAGGGCAUCCACGCUUUCAGGGCUAUGGCCUUCUUAGGAGCUACAGUGUGGAGGGUUAUGGCAUGCCGGCAUCCCCUCUCACCCCUCUGUCGUGCCAUCACACGCUGUUAUAGCUCCCAGUCUACGCAGACCACUGAGAAGAGCGUUCCCUAUGAGAAGACCCUCAAACAGGAGGGUGGCCUCAGCGGUCCCACCAAACCCCUACCAAAGUCUGCAGAUGUUGUGGUGAUUGGUGGAGGAAGCCUGGGGUGCCAGACCCUCUACCAUCUGUGUAAAAUGGGCAUGACCAAUGUUGUUCUGCUGGAGAGGGACAGACUGACUGCUGGCACCACCUGGCACACAGCAGGACUUUUGUGGCAGUUGAGGCCGAGUGAUACUGAGGUGGAGCUGUUGGCUCACACGCGCAAUGUGAUUAGCUCAGAACUAGAGGAGGAGACGGGCCUUGAGACGGGCUGGAUCCAAAAUGGAGGCUUGUUCAUUGCUUCAAACAAGCAGCGAUUGGACGAGUAUAAAAGGCUUAUGUCGCUGGGUAAAGCCUACGGCAUUGAGUCAUAUGUCCUGUCGCCAGCUGAGACCAAAGAGCUGUAUCCUCUGAUGAAUGUGAAAGAUCUUUAUGGCACACUCUACGUUCCUAAAGAUGGCACCAUGGACCCAGCGGGCACCUGCACCACCCUCUCAAGAGCAGCUACUGCACGGGGAGCCACAGUGAUCGAGAACUGUCCAGUGACUGGUAUCCAGGUGAAGGCUGAUGAUUUGGGAGUGAAGAGAGUGAAAGCAGUUGAAACUCCUCAUGGGAUAAUCCAAACACCUUGUGUGGUCAACUGUGCAGGUGUCUGGGCCACUAAGCUGGGUAAAAUGGCAGGUGUGAAUGUUCCUUUGAUAGCCAUGCACCAUGCUUAUGUCGUCACAGAGAGAAUCGAGGGAAUUCAGAACAUGCCCAACGUCAGGGACCACGAUGCAUCUGUCUACCUCCGUCUCCAAGGUGAUGCACUCUCUGUCGGAGGCUAUGAACAGAACCCAAUUUUCUGGGAUGAUGUGUCUGAUAAGUUUGCCUUCAGCUUGUUUGAUCUGGACUGGGAUGUCUUCAUGCAACAUAUCGAGGGUGCUGUGAACAGAGUACCUGCUCUGGAAAAUACUGGAAUCAAAUCCACUGUUUGUGGCCCAGAAUCCUUCACUGCAGACCACAAACCGCUGAUGGGUGAAGCUCCAGAGGUGAGAGGAUUUUUCCUUGGCUGCGGCUUCAACAGUGCUGGUAUGAUGCUGGGGGGAGGAUGUGGAAGGGAACUGGCUCAUUGGAUCAUCCAUGGACGUCCCGAGAAAGACAUGUAUGGAUAUGAUAUCAGGCGGUUCCAUCACUCCCUGACCGAUAACAACCGCUGGAUCAGAGAGCGAAGUCACGAGUCAUAUGCCAAAAACUAUUCAGUGGUUUUCCCCUUCGACGAACCUCUGGCCAGCCGCAACAUGAGGAGAGACUCCCUUCACCAGGUGCUGCAAGAACAGGGCUGUGUGUUUCAAGAGAGGCACGGCUGGGAGAGACCUGGUUGGUUCAACCGAGAUGGCCCUGCGCCAGUUUUAGAUUAUGAUUACUAUGGAGCCUAUGAUGUUCCCAUGAACACUGUUUACAAAUACAACGAGCUGCUAGGCAAAGAGUACACCUUUGACUUCCCACCACAUCAUGAUGUGAUUCAGGAAGAGUGUCUGACAUGUAGGAAUGCUGUAGCUGUGUUUAAUAUGUCUUAUUUUGGUAAAUUUUACCUGACUGGUCCAGAUGCAAAAAAGGCAGCUAAUUGGCUGUUUACAGCUGAUGUCAACAAAGCUCCAGGCUCCAUAGUGUACACCUGCAUGUUAAACAGGAAGGGCGGAGUUGAGUCUGACCUCACUGUCAGUCGUCUGGAGCAAAGCUCCGCCCUCCUCCCCCUGACACCGGAAUCUAACGGUGAUGCGUUCUACCUGGCUAUAGGAGGUGGUGUGGCCCAACAUAACUGGAGCCACAUUCAAACAGCUCUGCAGGACCAGGGCUUUCACUGCACAUUAAUAGACCACACUGAGGACAUGGGCAUGAUCAGCAUUCAGGGACCCAAGAGUCGUGAGCUGCUGCAGGAAGUGCUGGACACAGAUCUCAGCAAUGAGGCUUUCCCCUUCUCUACACACAAGAUAGUGACAGCUGCCGGACACAAGGUGAGGGCCAUGCGUCUGUCAUUUGUAGGUGAAAUGGGCUGGGAGCUUCACAUCCCUAAAGAGUCCUGUUUGCCUGUGUACCACGCAGUCAUGGCUGCAGGUGUCAAACAUGGCAUCUGUAAUGCAGGCUACAGGGCUAUUGACUCACUCAGUAUUGAGAAAGGUUACAGGCAUUGGCAUGCAGAUCUGCGGCCUGAUGACACUCCUCUAGAGGCGGGACUUGCUUUUACCUGUAAGAUGAAGACCUCCAUUCCCUUCCUGGGGCGGGAGGCAUUGGAGUCCCAAAAAGCUGAGGGCCUGCGCAGACGAAUUGUCUGUUUCACCAUUGAUGAGAAAGUGCCAAUGUUUGGUCUGGAGGCUAUUUUCCGUAACGGUGUUCCGGUGGGCCACCUGCGACGCUCUGAGUUUGGAUUUGCCAUCAACAAGACCAUUGGCUACGGUUAUAUUCGCCAUCCAGAUGGUGGUGUGGUGAACCCGGAUUUUGUUCGCAGUGGAGAAUUCACCCUGGAGAGGAUGGGCGUCACAUACAAGGCUAAAGCUCACUUGAAAUCUCCCUUUGACCCUGAGAACAAGCGUGUUAAGGGCAUCUACAGCUAACCACAGAACAAGAGUGGAGCGCAGAAAGCCAGAAUGUAAUUGAUCUAGACUGAGUUCAGUAUAAACAAGCUUAAUGUUUACAGGCCUUUAUCCAACCCAUGAAAUGAACAUCAGCAUUCCAGGACAAACACAAAAUACUGACUUUUCUGUAUUUAUAUUCAGUCUUAAAGGGGUCAUCUUUGGCAUAGCAUCAUAUAAAAACAAAUAACUAAUGUGAUUUUGAGAAAUGACCUAUUGGUACAGUUAUAGUAGUGUUCAAAUUAAAGCAUCUGUGCCUUAAAUGUUUCAUGUUUUUCAGAAAAUAAUACCAUUUCAACAAGCAAAUCUAGGAUAGCAGAUUGUGACCUCUGCACAAACAUUAAAUCUGCCUCAUUUUAAUAAUACGUCUUAAUACUAGAUGGAAUAUGUGGGUGUUUUCCUAGAAUAGAUGUACAUUAAAAAUGUUAAUCAGUGGUCAAAAACUGUAAAGUAAAAAUUAUUUUAUGAUUUUGAUUAACUUUUUUUUUUUAGUUUACUAUUUUGCCAAAUACAUAUAUAUUUUUUUUAUUCAACACAUAAUACAAAUGGGUGUUUUGUAGGGCUGCACGAUUAUGACAAAAAUCAUAAUUGCUGAUUAUUUCCCUUGAUGUUAUCACAGUUAUUAAUUUCGAUUCAUAGAAUUUACAUUAAAUUCCUUUUUUGUGUGGCAAAUUUCAAUCCAUAUUUUUUAUGUAAGCUGCGCCUCCAAAAACAAGCUCAGAACUUUGUUCCUUAAUUUUUGCUGUUAUAUCGUUAUAUUUUAAUGGGAGUGUUCUAGUUUUGUUGCACCAUUAGUGAUAGGCUUAUGUACUCAACGAUCAUGUCUGCGAUUGGUUACAAUGCUCAACCACUGAAAAGAAAAUUAAAUACAAUAUUUUUAUUCAAUGAGAGUAGAUCUAAAUGGAAUGCUGUAAUUGACACCUUUCACAGUUAGUUAAUUGCAGCAGCUGUAAUUGUAAUCUCAAUAAUUUUUCGAUUAAUUGUGCAGCCCUAGUGUUUUGUGUACAGGUUAAAAAUGAUCUUGUAUUUUCCAGUCAGAAACUGAAAUUUAAUUAUGCACUUUGGCCUAUGGAUUCAUGCCCUUUUCCAUGUACUGUAACUGUUAAAUUAACAUUUUACUUAUUGGUGAACUUGCUCAUGCUAGUAAUAGUAAUUAUAUGUGAAGACUAACCUCUGAGCUUGCCAAUGUUCAACUGCAUUUAAUUUGAUAGUGUGAAUUUGCUGAGUUUGUAAACAAUAAAACCUAGAGUUGUUA